UUUGUAUCAGUCGUGAUUUAGACUUGAAACGAUUUGGAACUUUUUCUGAAAGCAAGCUUUCGUUGCUUGCAUAGACAAUCGGUAGAUGUGGUGUUGAAAACCCUAUUAAUGGAAGAAAGGAGAUACCAAAUAAAAUAUUAAAAUGAUUAAAAGAAGCUGCUUAGUUUUAUUAGUUUUAAUAGCAUCUAAUGAAUGUUUUACAAAUGCGGAUAUUCGAGAUUACUAUGACGAAGAUGAUGGUGAUGAUUUUGUACCCGUUGAGCCUUGCAAUGUGGUGCGUCCCGGUGAUCCUGAUCUGACCACCUAUGACAUUUUACAUUCCUACCGCUUCGACGAAUAUCAAUAUGAAGCUCAAGGUGUACGCCAAAUCCCAGGCUCAGUUGGUUAUCAGCAAGCCUAUCAUGUCAGUGAAUAUUCGAAUAUGACCAUUGAAUCGUCAAGAGCCUUUCCCAAAGGAGUACCCAACGAGUUUUCUUUCGAGUGUACAUUCCGGGUGCCACAACAACAGCCCCAAUACGAAUGGUAUCUAUUCGAGCUGAGCAACUAUGAGUUUGAGUCACAGAUGAGUGUAACCAUAAAUCCGGUGAUAAAUGCCAUAGAAUUUUCAUUGCCGAAAUUCGAUGGUUCCAUACAGACGGUUACUUUUGAGGAGACAGAGAUAUUUGAUCGAUCCUGGCACAAAGUAAUGUUGGGUGUAAGCCAAGAUGCUGUUCGUUUGUGGGUAGAUUGUAAACCAGUUCCAGACACUAGGGGUAGCUUAAAGGCGCCGCUUGAUGUGCGUGGACCUAUAGAUGCUACAGAUGGUGCAUUUACAGUAGCUCGCACUUGCACCAGCAGGGAAACUGUGCCGAUCGAUCUGCAAUGGAUGAUUUUCAGUUGUGACAAGGAAAAGCCUGCCACCACCACUUGUGAGGAUUUACCCCAAUAUAUAGUUCCCAAGGGUUCACCGCCUUAUGAACGUUACACAACUUCGACCAAACGUUACAUGCCAGAGCCUGAGCCCACAACCACUCCCACCCCCAUUAAUUUCAAGUUUUUGGACUCCUCUACUGACCGACAAUGGACUUUUUCCACAACACCCUCGUAUUUGCUCACUGGUAAUGAGAUAUAUACCUGUCCAGAACAAUGUCCAAGGGGACCUCCAGGUCUACCUGGUACACCGGGAAUAAGAGGUCCACCUGGACCAGCAGGUCCUGCUGGCGUUCCCGGUAAUCCAGCUUCUUCAAUUGGUCGUUACGAAUAUCAAGGAGCAGUGAAAGGCGAGAAGGGAGAACCAGGUGCUCUUGGUUUACAAGGUUUGCGUGGGGAACGAGGUGAACGUGGAGAGAUUGGUUUGACGGGGUCACCAGGUCCCAAGGGUGUAGCUGGUUUUCCAGGCCCACAAGGACCCCCGGGUUUUGGUGUACAAGGUCCUCCCGGUGAGCCUGGUGCUGCUGGAGAAAAAGGUGAAUCAGGUUCACCCGGCUUAGAUGGUGCCGAAGGCAAACCAGGUCCUCCUGGUCCCCCAGGGCCUCCAGGACUUCCAGGGCCUGCAUCGCCUUCUUCAUCGCAUACAUCAGGCUCUAAUGUGAAAAGUGGCUCCGAGACAUAUGAGCUAAUGUAUGGUCCUCCAGGACCUAUGGGUCCUCCGGGUAUGCCAGGUCAUCCAGGACCUGCAGGUCCCCCUGGUGUUGCUGGUAGUCCUGGCCUUCCUGGACUUCCCGCUGAAAGUUCCGCCUUUGACCUGGAUGAAAGCAGAAUUAGAGAUAUAUGCAUGAGCGUGGUACGCGAAUAUAUAAGUGAAAUAUCCACAACUCUGGUUGGACCUCCUGGUCCACCUGGUCGUAGGGGUGUAAGUCGUUCUGGACCUCCGGGACCUCAAGGUUUGCAAGGUGAACCGGGGCCACGAGGUCCCCAAGGAGAACGUGGUUAUCCGGGCAUUAAUGGUCAACCAGGAUCACCCGGUGAAAUGGGUCCUCGAGGUCCGGAAGGUGAAAAGGGAGAUCGCGGUGAACCAGGUGAAGGGCGCGAAGGUCCCAUGGGUCCUCAGGGAGCACCUGGCCCUCAAGGUGUAGGCAUUAAUGGCAUGCCCGGUAGACCUGGUGAUCGCGGUGAUGUUGGUAAACCAGGUGAACCUGGUGUGCGUGGACCUCCCGGCAGCCCGGGUUCGUGUCCCGAUUGUACCUCAUAUAUGGCUGCCUACACUUAUCCUAUGCAACUGGCUCAGCAGCAAUGGAGCAAUAAGGGACCACAAAACAACAAAGGACCAAAUUAUUAUAAUAAGGGAUAAAUUUGUCAAAUCCAAAGAAUACAUUAAAUAAACUUAAAAAAAAAACAUUAAAAUAGA